AUGGCCCCCAACCAGCGUAUCGUUCCCUCCGGCUCGCGCCCUCAGAAGGGCUGGGUUAGCACCGCCUACGAUGAGGCCACCAACCCUGAGAACAAGACCAUUGUCCGCAGCAUCAUGGUCUUCGGUGCCGGUAUUGCGUUCCUUCACUCCAGCUUCGGAGAGUUCCUCCUUCCUCCGUAA